AUGCCUGAUACCAACAUUAAGGCCGCUGCCGCUAUCGACAAGACCUCGUCAAAGGACAAGGCCGAGAAGGAGAAGCCGGCCAAGAAGAGCAAGUCGGACUCCAAGGACAAAAAGGAUACUUCCCAGAAGCCUGUUGCUGCCUCCGCAGUCACCAUUGAGCAGGCCAAGGAGUUUUACGAGAAGCACAACAUCUCCGUCACUGGUGAUGAUUCCUUUAUGCCGUUCUUGGACUUUAAGCAGGCUCCCUUUGGCCAUGAGCUCAUGAGUGCCUGCUCAAAGUUCUCCAAGCCCACGCCCAUCCAGUCCGCCUGCUGGCCCGUGGUCACUGCUGCGCGCGACGUUAUUGGCAUUGCCGAGACCGGAUCCGGAAAAACCUAUGCGUUUGCGUUGCCAGCCAUCCACUUUUUGAAGGAGAAGUACGGCCACCGCGCGCAAAAGUGCGCCAAGCCCCUGGUCCUCGUUGUUUCGCCGACACGCGAGCUUGCCAUGCAGACUCACGAGCAGUGCGUGGAGGCCGGAAGGACUCUGAACAUUACCUCCGUGUGCCUGUACGGUGGCGACUCCAAGCAAAAGCAGAACAUGGAGCUGAGGAGCAAGAAGCCCGCGAUCAUUGUUGCCACGCCUGGCCGCUUGAUUGACUUGGCCGAGAAUGACAAUGCCAUUGAUCUGUCCGAAGUUUCGUUUUUGGUUCUCGACGAGGCUGACCGCAUGUUGGACCAGGGAUUCGAGAAGGACAUCAGCAACAUCAUCAGCAUGCUCCGCCCCGCCGAAGCCCGCCAGACAGUCAUGUUCAGCGCGACCUGGCCCAAGAGCGUGCGCACUCUUGCUAGCACCUUCUUGCGCAACCCCGUCCGCGUCUCUAUUGGAUCCGACGAGCUUGCUAUUAACGAACGUGUCGACCAGAUUGUCGAGGUCAUGGAUCGGCAUCAGAAGGACCGCAGGCUGAUUGAGCUGUUGCAAAAGCACCACAAAUCGCGCAAGAACCGCGUCCUGGGCUACAACUGCGUUUCCAUUCACGGCGAUAAGGCGCAGCACCAGCGCACGGACGCCAUUGAGCAGUUCCGCAGUGGCAGCAUCCCCCUGCUCAUUGCCACCGAUGUCGCUGCUCGCGGCCUGGAUUAUGUCAUCAACUACACGUUCCCCCUAACCAUUGACGACUACACCCAUCGUUGCGGACGCACAGCCCGUGCCGGCAAGAGAGGUGUCGCGUACACUUUCUUCACCGACCUCGACAAGGCGCACUCAGGCGAGCUGAUCAACAUGCUCAAAGGUGCCAACAUGGCGGUCCCCGAAAAUCUGCUCAAGUUUGGCACCACUGUCAAGAAGAAGCAGCACGACUCGUAUGGCGCGUUCUUCAAGGAUCCUGGUUCUGUCGGCCCUAAAGGUUUGCAGGCAGUCUUCCAUUGUGCACUGGAGCAAGCUGUGGUAUAA